GCCCGUUUACGCAGAGGGUUUUACUGACUUUGGAGGAAAAGAACCUUCCAUAUGACAUGAAGUAUGUUGAUUUGAGAAACAAGCCUGAAUGGUUUUUGAAGAUAAGUCCUGAAGGUAAAGUUCCACUUAUAAAGCUUGAUGAGAAAUGGGUUCCGGAUUCAGAUGUCAUCACACAGGCACUCGAGGAGAAGUUCCCCGAACCUCCGCUGACAACUCCUCCCGAGAAGGCUUCCGUUGGAUCAAAGAUCUUUCCAAAGUUUGUUGCUUUUCUGAAAAGCAAAGACCCGAGUGAUGGAACAGAGCAGGAAUUACUUGAUGAGCUGACAGCUUUCAAUGAUUACCUUAAAGAAAAUGGCCCAUUUAUAAAUGGAAAUGAGGUAUCUGCCGCGGAUCUGUCGCUUGGACCAAAGCUAUACCAUUUAGAAAUAGCUUUGGGGCAUUAUAAGAAUUGGUCUGUUCCAGAUUCAUUUCCCUACGUGAAGUCGUACAUGAAGAGUAUAUUCUCCAGGGAAUCAUUCAUCAACACGCGGGCGCUAAAAGAGGAUGUCAUUGAGGGUUGGCGACCAAAAGUCAUGGGUUAGACAAACGAUAUCAUCAUCUUUUGCACUUUUGAGGAUUAGGUUUUUGUUGCAAGGUAUAUAUAGUAAGCUAGCAUUUGAAAGUCUCUAUGACUGUUCUUUGCCAUGAAUACUUUGAUUAAAACACAUUCUCUUCCUUAUUUGACUGAAUGAUAGCAUGAAUUACGUAAGCAACAUAUACUUCCAGAUGCUCGUGUGUAUGCAAAAGUUGUUACUUUGUCAGGUAAGGAAUGUUAACAGCAUAACAUUAAUGUUGGCCGCUUGGUGCAGCAUCCUUAAUAAAAAUGCCUUCUCUGCUCGUGAA